GCGGCCAUGGCGUACUCCACGGUGCAGAGGGUGGCCCUGGCCUCGGGGCUCGUUCUCGCUGUGUCGCUGCUGCUGCCCAAGGCGUUCCUGUCCCGUGGAAAGCGGCAGGAACCGGCGGCGGCACCCGAAGGAAAGCUGGGCCUAUUUCCUCCUAUGAUGCAUCAUCACCAGGCGCCUUCAGAUGGCCCGACCCCUGGGGCUCGUUUCCAGAGGUCUCAUCUUGCAGAGGCAUUUGCAAAAGCCAAAGGAUCUGGAGGAGGUACCGGAGGAGGAGGUAGUGGAAGAGGCCUGAUGGGGCAGAUUAUUCCAAUCUAUGGCUUUGGGAUUUUUUUAUAUAUACUUUACAUUCUCUUUAAGCUCUCAAAGGGGAAAUCCACUGCAGAGGAUCGUAAAUGUUCUUCCGCCACAGCUGGAAACACCCACAGGAAAAUUACCAAUUUUGAACUUGCUCAACUGCAAGAAAAACUGAAGGAGACAGAAGAAGCCAUGGAGAAAUUAAUCAACAGAGUGGGACCUCAUGGUGAGAGAGCGCAGGCUGUGACUUCUGACCAAGAGAAACGAUUGCUGCACCAGCUCCGAGAAAUCACCAGGGUCAUGAAAGAAGGAAAGUUCAUGGACAGACCCACUCCUGAGAAAGAAGCAGAGGAGGCUCCUUACAUGGAGGACUGGGAAGGUUACCCUGAAGAGACGUACCCGGUGUAUGGCCUUUCAGACUCUAUCAAGCGCAGGCAAGAAACAAUCCUGGUGGAUUACCCUGAUCCACAAGAGCCCUCUGCUGAAGAAAUAGCUGAAAGAAUGGAAGUGAUGGAAGAGGACGGCUCACGCCGCGUGGGCUGGGAAGGUCUAUCCACCAGCCUCAGAGCCCCGGAAGAAAAUUCUGUUCGUUCGUGUGAGGCACAGCCAGAGCCUUGUUCCUGCUGUUCUGAAGAGGAUCCUGCUGUUCUGGCAGAGAAUGCUGGAUUCAGUGCAGAUGGCUCCAGUGAGGAAGCCCCCCAGGAAGAGUGGCCCCAGGACUUCAGAGGUGAAGGGCUGGGUGUUAGUGCGGGCACAGGCGGCACACUGAGGAAGCGCAGCCCGCAGGGUUCCGAGUGACACCUCUGUGGUGAUGUAGCCACCCCUCUAGUCCGAUAGUGACUGUUCUCUGCUUUCCUCCCUGCCCUUUCCCUUCUCUCUCUGCACCCAGUUGUCACAGCUCAGACCACCCCUGUGGCACAUGUUCAGGUGCUCACAUACUUGCCACCUUGUAAAACGUGAACGUUCCUGUGGACGCGGGCAGCCGUGGCCUCUUCCUGCCUUUCCUGGUCAGAAGUUGAACCAGCGAGUAACCACACUUGGUCUGUCAUAAUUGCAGGUGGGAGCUGUCAGGGCCAGAGGUCUGACUCUCCCUCCAGUAGCAGACGGCUUGCCCCUGACUGGAUGUCAGCUUACAGAUGUGGACUUACGGCUGUAAGAGUCAAGAUCUCAGGUUCCAAGCUGCCUUGUUCGUUGGACCUUGAGCAGGUUAGUGGGCCCCUGGGGAGAUGAGAAUGUUCCAUUGGUGGACGUGCUGGACCACCCAGAACAGAAGCCCUUGCUCUCCGAGCUGACCUUACAGCAGGAGGCUGCAUCCAACCACAACUUUGUACUGGAGUGGCCGGGGACUCCCA